UCGUUCGAUCGAACUUAUUCCAACUCUAUUAGCAAUAGAAACGCAAUUCAACAAGUCAUCAACAUGUCAAGCGAAGGAGAGAAAACUUUUACGCGUGCGGAAGUCGCCAAACACAAUACCAACAAGGACACAUGGCUGCUCAUUCACAACAAUGUCUACGAUGUCUCGGCAUUCCUUAACGAGCAUCCCGGCGGCGAAGAGGUGCUCAUCGAACAGGCCGGCAAAGAUGCCACCGAAAACUUUGAGGAUGUGGGCCACAGCAACGAUGCCCGCGAAAUGAUGAAAAAGUACAAAAUUGGUGAGCUCGUUGCCAGCGAGCGCACGAAUGUUGCACAGAAAUCGGAACCCACCUGGAGCUCAGACACACAGAACGAGGAGAGCUCCGUUAAGUCAUGGAUAUUGCCCCUGGUGCUCUGUCUGGUUGCUACGCUCUUCUACAAGUUCUUUUUUGGCGGCGCCAAGCAACAGUAAAGACAAAGAUGUGUUGCCUCAACGCUGGACCGCUACUGCCUCCGAUUCUGACACAGAUCACACACACACACACACGGUCACACACAGACACACACACACGCACACACAGUCGCAUUCCCAUGCCAUGCCUUUAAUAUUGUUGUAGUGUGUUCUACGCUUGCGGGAGGCUUCUAGCCGGGCUAGUCGUUGCAGCUAGCGGGUUUUGUAGAGAGAAUUUGUGCUAAGUUUUGUUUUAAAA